GCGAGGACCGCCCUGCCUGACCACUCUCCGUGCCCCCAGGUGGCGGAGUCGGGCUUCCGCUUCCCACCGAGAUCCCCGCAAUAACCUUGCUCCCCCCGGCUUUCCGGGAUCCGAAUUUGUAGGCCCUUUAAAGGGUCCCAGUUGCCCUUCGCUAGGUCCUACAGAACGGAAGUGAGGAUCCUGGACUUUGGUCCCAGACGGUGGACAUCGGGAUGGUUUGCGUGCGGAUCCGAGAGGCCAAGGAGGGAGACUGUGGGAAUAUUCUGGGACUGAUUCGGGAACUGGCUGAGUUUGAGAAACUCUCGGAUCAGGUGAAGAUCUGUGAAGAAGACUUGAGGGCAGAUGGCUUUGGAGAGAAUCCUUUCUAUCACUGUUUGAUAGCAGAGAGUCUUCCUGACCUCGGGGAUCCACAGGGGCCCUGUGUGGUGGGCUAUGGACUAUACUACUUCAUCUACAGCACAUGGAAGGGACGCAAUAUUUAUCUGGAAGACAUCUACGUUAAGCCGGAAUAUCGGGGUCAGGGGAUUGGUUCCAAAAUAAUCAAAAAGGUGGCUGAGGUGGCCGUGGAUAAGGGCUGCUCCCAGUUGCGCCUGUCAGCCCUGAACUGGAACAAGAGGGCCGUGGACUUGUACAAGGCCCUAGGAGCCCAAGAUCUGACUGAAAUCGAGGGCUGGCACUCCUUUCGCUUCGAGGGAGAGGUGAUGAGGAAGUUGGCAGGAAAGUGAUGCCAUCCCUUGGGAAUCUUGCUCUGUUUGGGCUUCUCCUUCCCCACCAGCUCAACCACUCCUCAGACACUAUCUCCACUGCCAAAGGCCUCCCUGAAGGAAAGAUGAGUUAGGGGGUGAAUAUUCCUGAAGUACAGAAAGAGCCAGAAUAGAGGGAAAGGUCUUUAUACCUCCUUACUGAGGAUGAAAAAUAAAAAAUAAUUACUAUGUUUUGAUGUGGUGUUGAGUAAAGGAGUUAAUGACUUGAUAUGCUUUAGCCACUUUAUGAUCCUUCCUUGGAGUUCUGGUUAGUGGAUGUGGCUUCUGAGGGUAAAAGUUGGCCAGAUUUUUGGCUCUGAGCCUGUGGAAUAUAAAGAAAAG